AUGAAUGACCUUCAGAUCAACAGUAAUGACCUUCAGAUCAACAUGAAUGACCUUCAGAUCAACAUGAAUGACCUUCAGAUCAACAGUAAUGACCUUCAGAUCAACAUGAAUGACCUUCAGAUCAACAGUAAUGACCUUCAGAUCAACAUGAAUGACCUUCAGAUCAACAGUAAUGACCUUCAGAUCAACAGUAAUGACCUUCAGAUGAACAUGAAUGACCUUCAGAUAAACAUGAAUGACCUUCAGAUCAACAGUAAUGACCUUCAGAUCAACAGUAAUGACCUUCAGAUCAACAUGAAUGACAUUCAGAUCAACAUGAAUGACCUUCAGAUCAACAGUAAUGACCUUCAGAUGAACAGUAAUGACCUUUAG